AUGCUAAAGUCGGCUUCUUUUUUCCCUUUGAUCUUUUUAAUUGUAAAUGGUCAAUCUGAGCGGACUGUUGGAGGGAAGAUACGAUGUGAGAAUUCGAAUCUUUCCGGUAAAAGUAUGCUUGUAAGUCUGUGAAAUCGAAGUCUUGAGACUAUUGUUUUGAGACCUUUCAAUUCACAACUUGGGAAUUCCGUGAGUGCAGUGGAUUGGAUAUAAUCGAGAGAAUAAAAGGGACCUGUGAUAUCAGUGUGUUCAUGUAUUAUAUUGAUCACAGUAAGGGCUCUUACUUAUAGAUAAACACAGGUUUCUAGAUCCCACGGUAAACCCGGUGACUGGUGAGUUUACCGCCAAAUACACUCCCCGUCAUGCUGACGCCCCAAGACGCAAGCUUUCAAUGUAAGUAGGCAGGGAAACCCUUGAUAAUGACGUAUCACAUCAUUAUCAAGGGUCUGGCGGACCUGAUCCAGUGGCAAAAAACGUAACAUUUUACGAGAGGUAUCAGAAAUGUGGCAAAAUACCUCUUUAAGUGAAAACAACUUUAUUUUGACGGGCGCCGGCUCUUUUUGUGAGGCAAAGGGCGCCCUCUUCAAAACGGACUUUUUUAUUGAGUUCUAGAGGGAGAUAUUUUGCGACAUUUUUGAUACUUCCCGGAUGCAAAAUGGUACGUUUUUUGCCAUUGGAUCAGACCCGCCACUGUAUAUCUACGGUCCAUUAUCUUUACAAUGGAUCAUGCAGUACAAAAAAUAUUAUAAUAUUCGUUACAGGGAGGGUCUGUUGUGGCCACUCUCAUUUUGGCCUAAAUUUGAUUAGAUCUUGUUAAUAGUCCGUCCGGAAAGUCGCCGGACGGAAAUCGGCGACAUGCACUCCGCGAAAACGAAAGUUCACUUUGCACUGUGCAAUUUUUGGCUUUUUGCACUGUGCAAUAGGCUUUUUUGGGCUGUCGCCCGCACCCUGAGUUUUCGUGCACAGUGCAUGUCGCCGAUUUCCGUCCGGCGACUUUCCGGAAGGACUAUGUAAUCAAAUUGGUUGGCCAAGAAAAAAAUUUUGCUUUCAGUUCUCACGAAUGCGAUGGUUAUUGUCGAGUUCAUGAAAUUUCGGAGGAGUUUAGUGGAGAUGUGAAGACCGAUUAUGACAUUGUACUGAGCAGCGGCGAUCCAGGGGCUUGUAAGUGUACAAAAAAACAUUCAAACCUCGGUACCACGACUCGCAAAAAAAUAUUCGCUAUAGAAAGGUUUUGUUGCAUGGAAGUUUAUUUUGGCCUAAAAUUGAAUUUUUAGGCCUUUGAAAUUGUUUGUUAUAGAGAGGUUGCGUUGUACGGGAGUUGAUUGUAUGGAGGUUCCACUGUAUUAUUUUUAGAUGUCAACCAAGGCAAGGAGUCGCUUUAUUUCUGCAAUGGCAACAAGUAUCCUUAA